UGGUCACCUGAACCCAGGGUCUAUGUUUAGCGGUUUCUGUUAAACGGGUGAUUUCUGGGAAGAAGCUUGUGCAGCCGUUAUUUCAGUGAAUUGAAGCAGCAUACUUUCACUUUCACUCUCGGUGUAGGGAGUGUAUGGCAAAUAUCUUAGGAACAAAGACACAAAUAUAAGACGGGAGGAGCCUCGGAACAUCGGAGUCAUGGCGUGUGGCAGGCUCAUGUCCGCUCCGGUGUGUCUCAUUGAAAAUGAUGAAAAUGGGCAGCUGCAUGUGAGAAAAGAGGCCAAAGACAUUCUGGAUGGGAUCAAGGAGCCGGUGGUGGUGGUGUCUGUGGUGGGACUCUACCGUACUGGGAAAUCUUACCUCAUGAACCGCCUGGCAGGACAACAGACAGGCUUUGCUCUGGGCAGCACUAUUGAAUCAAAAACCAAAGGUAUCUGGAUGUGGUGUGUUCCUCACCCUAAUAAAAAAGGACACACUCUAGUGCUGCUGGACACAGAGGGACUUGGGGAUGUAAAGAAGGGAGAUGAGAAACAUGACACAUGGAUAUUCUGUCUGGCUGUUCUUCUCAGCAGCACUCUAGUGUACAACAGCUUAGGGGUCAUUGAUAACAUGGCACUGGAAAAGCUGCACUAUGUUACAGAACUGACGGAGAACAUUCGUGUGAAGGCAGAAGAGAGUCAAGAUGAGAAUGAGUCAGCAGAUUUCAUGAGUGUUUUUCCAUCUUUUGUCUGGGCUGUUCGUGACUUCACUCUGCAACUGAAAAAGGAGGAUAAACCAAUAACAUCAGACGAUUAUCUGGAGGGUGCAUUGGAAUUAAAAAAUGGUAGCUCACCUCAGACUGUGCAGUAUAACCUGCCACGCCGCUGUCUGCGGAAUUUCUUUGCGGAGAGGAAGUGCUUUGUCUUCCCUCGACCUGCUAGUACACAAAACAUGUGGAAAAUGGAGGAGUUGACUGAGAAAGAACUGGACUCAAAGUUCCUUGAGCAGGCAAACACCUUCUGUCAUUACAUCUACAACAAUUCAGAGACAAAAACUGUCAGUGGCAGUCGUACAAUUACUGGAACAGCUCUGGGUAAUCUUGCUGAGGUUUAUGUUGAGGCGAUCCGCAGCGGGAAGAUUCCGUGUCUGGAGAACGCAGUGGUGUCUCUGGCUAAGAUCCAGAAUGUCCGUGCAGUGGAGGAGGCCCUGCAGCUCUACAUGACAGAGAUGUUCAACUCAGUUCAGCUUCCAAUGUGCCCAGAAGAGCUGUCCAACAUCCACACAGAUGCAGAGAAGGCGGCCAUUGAAGUUUUCAUCACUGUGUCCUUCAAUGACAAUGGCCAGAUCUACCAAAAAGAGCUCAUGGGAAAGAUUAAUGAUGAAUAUCAACAGAUGUGCCAGCAGAAUUAUGAUGCAUCUCGCAUGCAGUGUGAGGAAGUUCUGCAUGAUGUGUUUGAUGCAUUGGAAAAAGGAAUUUCUGACGGAUCAUACCUGAAGCCUGGAGGAUCCCAAAAGUACAUAGACAUGUUCAGACAGCUGGCAGAAGAGUACAGAGCAAGAACAGGCUCACAAAUAAUGAGUGAAGAAGUGUUGAGCAAGUUUUUGAAGACAAAAGAAAAUAUUGGAAAAAUGAUUCUACAAGCUGAUCAAUCUCUCAGUGCAGCAGAACAGGAGAAAGAGGGGGAGAAGAUGAAGACAGAGAUUCUAAAGCAGCAGAAAAAAAGCCUAAAGAAACAGAACUGGUUACAGGAGCAGAUGUUUAAAGACAUGCAGAGAACCCAUGAUGAGCAUGUGAUUCAGAUCACUCAUCAGAUGGAAAGAGAGCAGGACAGAAUGAGAAGAGACAAUAAACGAGUCCUUGAAGCCAAACUGAGAGAAAAUCAAGCUCUUCUAAAUAUGGGCUUCCAGAGGGAGGCUGCCCGGAUGCAGAGUGAGAUUAACAGACUGAAAGCAGACAUGGAUAAAGAGAAAUCAUCACAACACUCCAAAUUCGGCCAGGUUUUGAAUUGUAUCGGCAUUGCAACAACAGCCCUUGCACCAGGCUUCACCCCUAAACUGAUUGGUGUUGGUAUUUCCAUGGCAUCAAAUUUUGUUUGAAUACAAGCUUAUUCACACACACCUAAACCUAUAUAACAGCUUGAAUCAGAAUUACAGCAGUUUGUCAUUCCUUUAGUCAGUGAAUUAGUCAAAUCAGUUCAUAGGCAUUGCUUACUCACAAGAUGCCAAUUAUUUUGAAAGACCAGUAUAUUAACCUCUAAGCAAGAACCAACAUUUGUCAUGAACAAAGCUGUUACCAAGUUAUUCAGGACAUGGGCCCUUUGUAACUUUAAACAAUUAAUGCAAUGUAUGUAAUGUUAGAUUUUGUUGUAUAUUUUUGUUAUAUUUUAUUUGUUUUCUAUGUGAAUACUACCGAUAGACCUACAGUAUAUAUCAACCAGGCUGAAGAACUGGCUGAAUAUCAUUGUCAACUGAUAACUGUGUACAGCUUACCGAUUAACAUUAUUAAAAGCUCUCUGUAAUGUUAGUGCCAAAAUCUAUCAACAGCACUUUCAUCAGAUAAUAAAGACGUUUUUUUUUACUUUUAAGUGAAUUUUGUGAAUCUCAGCACAAUAUUUAGUUUUGAGUUUUUAGCCUAGGCAUAUUAUUGAAGGAAGAUAAUAAUACGUUUUAAUUUAAAUGGGUCAUAUGAUGCAAUUUCAAGUUUUCCUUUUUUUGUGCAUAGAUAAGAUCCCUAAAGAUGCAAAGACUAAAAUCUCAAACCCAAAGAGAUCUUCUUUAUAAAGUUUAAGACCUGUCCACGUCCUCCUAAAACGCCUUGUUUAAACAUGCCCCCACAUGUCUAUGUCAAUGUGUGGGAAGAUUUGCAUAACACUGCCCAAAUAUUCAUGCAAAGAAAUAAGGCCGAUUCUCACUGUUGUAUUGUUGCUGCAGAUAAAAUGAGUUCUGAUGACAGAACCAUUGAAUUAUGUGAUUCUUAAAUAAUUUUUAAUUAUUGUAAAGGACUGUAAAAAAAAUAUUUUUUACUUUCAGUGCAAUGCACUGCAAUUCUUUGAACUGAGACAAAGCAUAGUCCUUCUAAUAAAAACCUAGGGCUACUGUACAUGUGUAUUUCUCCCUCUUUCACCCCCAAUCAAGACAGAGACCUCCCCGCUGUUUGUUUCAGUAAGAUUUGAGUAAGUUUGCUCGGUGCACACACACACACACACACACACACACACACACAACAAAACAAAAAAACAAAAGCUUAGCGAACAAUAGUGUGGUAAGUUGUGUUUAAAGGUUUAUCUAACAGUGACUGCAGUUUUCUGUGAAAUAUAAUAAAUGUGUCUUGAUUCAGGCUGAUUGUGACUUGUAAAGCAUAUUAUGAACAUGCCAAUGUAAAAAUUUAAACCUGUAUUUAUUUCUCAGAUAAGAUCUUGCUGCGUAUAUUGUGCAGGCAUUUGUACAUUUCUUACUCCUUAUCUAUGCUGAAGACAUCACUGCCUGGUGAUGUUGUAGGUUCAUUUUAUCCUUGAACAUUCCUUACCUCCUAGCCCAUGCCCAUGACUUAUACAUGCCAAUGUAUCCUUGGUAGUGAGUAUAUAUUCCUUUAACAAACAAUAAACCUCUGAAGAAGCUUAAACAGGGUACACAAUGUUUUCUUCCUGCGGUUUUGCAUUAUACUAUUACUGAUUAAUGAGGCUGAGUACUGUAUAUUAUACACUAUACAUUAACAACUUCUCAGUUACAUUGGGGGGGAAAAAGCAGAAUUAAUUUUGCAGAAUGACUGUGAAGUUUUGGUAAAACAGUCUCUUCAAGUGAUGUUCACCACAUAACUUAUUUUACACACACACGAAAAAAAAACAGUAUGCAAUUUAUGAGAACACCUAUGGAAAAAGUAGCCGUCUGGUUUGGCCUGUACAUUUAUGAUGUCACUACUUGGCAAAAUUUGCAGUGUACAUGUGUUUCUUUCACCCUAAAUCCUUUCCCUUGUUUUUAGUAAAUAGAUAAAUGGACACAAGAAAAUCAUUUCAUCAGUUUCUAAGGCUGAAGUUUGGAGUCAAAUUGACUCAAAAAUGGGAAAAGGAAUAAAAG